GCUGCAGGUCGCCAAUGCAGCGAGACCCUUCACGAUGAAUUCGGUCGCUGACUGCCAGGUCAGAAGCUGCAGGAGGAGGAGAGGAGGAUCAUGGACCCCCGCGCGGGAUGGCGAGGAAGGCGAGUUCUUUGUGUCUGGACCCUUGCCUCUUCCAACACGCUCCCGGGCACCUCAACAACCGUGCGCCAAUUGGACAAGGGGAUCAUGUACUUCCCGGCAGGGAUUGCACCAUUCUGGAUAAAAUGGAAGAACUUGGCCUGCAUGAUGAUGAUGAUGAUGGUGGUGGUGGUGGAAGAGGCCAAUCUCGAUCGCAGCCGAUUCAAUUGGGCAGCUUUGCACUUUGGGACAAUUGUUUCUCGCGUCAACUGGAUGCCAGGCGUCCAGUUCUCACGACACACGGACAAUGCGACAAUAAGCCAGUAGACGUAUGUCGACUCAUCCCACAAAAUACUAGAAUGCCCGCUGUGGG